GCCCUCGGGGUUUGCACGUCCAAAUGUCCCCUUCUCCUAAGGCGACGGAACCCGAGGGCCGAGACUCGGUGUUUGUUGUUGAUGAAGCGCGUUUCGAGGGAGGUCUGCACAUUCCGAGGCGGCGCCUACUAGGAGGUGAUAGUUCUCGACACGUCGCACAGGUGUCUCUGCGACGGGAACCGUUUCCACCCGGAACCGCGUCCGAGCAGAGGCUGAGCUGCAGAGGCCGGACGUUGCUCUUGCGAGCAAGUGUUCCUCGCUGUCCGCAAUGGGAUGUUAAAUUAUGUCUGUGGGAUUUUUAACUGCUGAGUUCUUCCUGCACAAAGCAGAAUGGGACAGUUCUCCAAAGCUGUUACUUUUUCAAACGUCGCUCUGUCGUCCAGGACUGAGAAUUUGAUCUGAAAAUAAAUCAGAAUGAGUUAUACAGAAAAACCCGAUGAAAUCACAAAGGAUGAGUGGAUGGAAAAGCUCAAUAACUUACACGUCCAGCGAGCAGACAUGAACCGUCUCAUCAUGAACUACUUGGUCACAGAGGGCUUUAAGGAAGCAGCAGAGAAGUUUCGGAUGGAAUCUGGGAUUGAACCUAGUGUUGAUCUAGAAACGCUCGACGAGCGAAUCAAAAUCCGGGAGAUGAUACUGGAAGGCCAGAUUCCCGAGGCCAUCGCACUGGUCAACAGCCUCCACCCGGAGCUUCUGGACACAAACCGCUAUCUUUACUUCCACCUACAACAACAGCACCUGAUCGAGCUGAUCCGCCAGCGGGAGACAGAGGCGGCGCUGGAGUUCGCACAGACCCAGCUGGCCGAGCAGGGCGAGGAGAGCCGGGAGUGCCUGACCGAGAUGGAACGCACGCUGGCCCUGUUGGCCUUCGACAACCCCGAGGACUCGCCCUUCGGAGACCUGCUUAACAUGAUGCAGAGGCAGAAGGUGUGGAGUGAAGUGAACCAAGCUGUCCUGGAUUAUGAAAAUCGUGAGUCAACACCCAAGCUGGCAAAGUUACUGAAACUACUCCUUUGGGCUCAGAAUGAGCUGGACCAGAAGAAAGUCAAAUAUCCCAAAAUGACAGACCUCAGCAAAGGCGUGAUCGAGGAGCCCAAAUAGAGUCUGGGCAGGGGCCCCAUUUCACCGCCGGGCCGGCAGAGCACCGUCUGGGACUGAAGAUUUUUACGGCAGCAGAGAACUCUUUCCUCCCCCCUUUUACUUUUUUUUUUUUGACCCAGAAUCUUUUCAAAAGGGAAAAGUAGCCCUUUUAAGUGCUGGAGAACGCGCAGUGAAAGACACCGUCUCCUCCGGAAGGCUGGUGAGGACCACAGCAUGGCCUGACCUCCAUGCUCUGGGCGUCUCGGCUCCCAAGGCGCCGCAUCUUAGGGACACUGGUCCACCCCGCGGCCGCCGCCCGGAGCACCGGGGCAGCACUGAUGGCUGUCUUGCUUUCUGUUUGUGUCUAGGCAGACAGCGCAUCCUCAUCUUCCCACAUCUCGGCUGGCCUUCUUGUAGGAGUAUUUCCUUCGCCCCUUGGUUUUUGGUUUGUUUUUGUUUUUUCAUAGGAAAGACUAUAUAAAUUUGUAAAUCCCAAUUCAAAGACUUCUUUCGUGUGCGGGUCCUGAGUUUGAUUUUUUUCCCUUUUGGUCUGGGUUGUGUGGCUUUGGGGGAGAUAAGUGCGUGCGUGCGUGUAUAUAUAUGAGGGGCGGGCUGUGUGUUUUUUAAAUUUAUAAAUAUAUAUUUUGGUGCUGUA